AUGCUGUGGAGGGGGUUGUGCCCCCGCUCCCGGAUCCCGGUCGGGGUGGCUCUCUGUGUCUUUGUGCUCUGCUGGCUGUACGUCUACCCGGUCUACAGGAUUCCCGACGAGAAGGAGAUCGUCAACGAGAUCCUGCAGCAGGCAAAGUGGAAGAGGAAUCAGACAGCCAUCGCCGCAUUCAGGAAGCUACUCGAUCAAUGUUGUGAUGCCCAACGACUGUUUGCUGUAACAAAGCUGAACUCUCCCUUGGGAAAGAGCCUCAGGUUUGAUGGAGAGUUCCUCUACUCGCUCACUGUCAACAAUGAAAUCUUCUCCAUGUUUCCACAGGAUACACCAUUCCAGUUGCCACUGAAAAAGUGCUCGGUGGUGGGAAAUGGCGGAAUUUUGAAGGAGAGUGAUUGUGGCAGGCAGAUUGACAAGGCAGAUUUUGUCAUGCGGUGUAACCUUCCUCCUCUAUCUAAUGAGUACACCAGGGACGCUGGGUACAGGACACACCUAGUGACUGCAAACCCAAGCAUCAUCGAGAAAAGAUUUCAGAACCUUCUAUGGUCCAGGAAAUCCUUUGUGGAAAGUAUGAAGGUGUAUGGGCGCAGCUACAUUUACAUGCCUGCCUUUUCCAUGAAGAUGGGGACAGAUCCUUCCUUCCGCACAUACUACACGUUGUCAGACUUCAGUGCCAACCAAACCAUACUCUUCGCCAAUCCGGAUUUCCUGCGCAAUGUUGAGAAGUUCUGGAAGAGCAAGGGAAUCUAUGCCAAACGCCUGUCCACGGGCCUAUUCCUAGUUAGUGUUGCCUUGGGCCUCUGUGAAGAUGUGACCCUUUAUGGAUUUUGGCCAUUUUCAAUGGACCUGCAAGGGAGGAUAAUUAGUCACCACUACUAUGACAAUGUGAUGCCUUAUUCAGGCUAUCAUGCCAUGCCGGAGGAGUUUCUCCAACUCUGGCUCUUGCAUAAAAGCGGUAUAUUAAAGAUGCAGAUUGGCAAAUGUGAGGAGAACGUGAAGUAAUCAUCAUUGUAGUAGAAUGGAGAUGUAUAAUAUACAGGUUUCUGGUUUAUCCCUUGGAGAAUAACCUAUCAACUUUCAGAGUUAAGACAUUUCAUUUUGGUAUUGAACAAUAUCCUCAGAGAGAAAUGGUGACUGAGAAUGAAACCAGAACUUCCUCCCUUCAUUGCCAUAAACUGUGAAUACAUUUACUGGAACAAGUGAGGGAGUGACCCCGAUCCUUACUGACUUGUACUUCCAACACUUGACCUGCACUGUGCAUGGAAUAUCAUGUUGAAAAGAGUAUAGAGAGAUUGGUAGAGUUGAGGGACUGUGUUCAUUUAAACCAUUUAGUCGGCAAACCCAUAGUUUAUGAAUGCAUAGACCGCCAGAAGCCUAGGUAAAUAUUGUUUUCAGUUGCUGUUGAAAGAUUCCCAAAUGAACAGGAAGCAGUUGCUAAAAGGAUCACCAUUAUAUUAGGAUUUGUCUUAUAUUAGAUCCAGACUAGUAGACCACCAGUCAGCUCCGUAAAUUUGCACAAACUAAAUAAGUUAUGCUGAGUUCUUUUACUCACUUUUGUUAAUUCAUAGGAUUCUAUUUGCAAGCACCAGUGUAAAGGAAUUAGCUUUGUACUUUUUAAACAACAUGGGUUUUUUUGAACCAGCAUAAGCAAGUCAAUCUCAAUCAGUUUUUGCCUUAACUUUGCAGAUACAGAAUAGGCUUCCACCUCUUGCGUUUGUCUUUCAACUUUGUUUCAUCUUUCCGUUGUGAUCUCCUUUUUGUUCCUAUCCAAUAUGCUGCAGUCAACAAAAACACCAACUGUGUUAUCUGACUGUUUUCCCGACUGUGAGGAUUCUGUUGAACGUAUAAAAAUGGAUGAAAAUCCAAUUGGAGUAACGACUUACACUUAACUGACAGCAGUUGAAUGCAAUCAUUUACUUUAUAGACUGGAUAUGGCAGAAAGUCUUUAUUUGGUUAUAUAUCCUUAAGCUUGAAUCUUUAAACAAAAGAUCUCUGUUGCAUCUGUCUUGUGCGCAGCAUAGGCAAGGCUUUAGUCCUGGUGUGGAGACUUGCCAGAUGGAAAUCCAGCCUGAGAUGGGAAUGGUGAAGGGUGAUACCAUGAUCCCCCACAGUCUUGUAACCAGAGCCACAUUGGGAAUGAAUUGUAGAAAAUUACUCCUUACAAGCAGCAAUAGUACGAUGUACAUUUUCAGCAAAUCAUAUUUCAGGCCAAGGAUGUGGCCACUUAUUUCACAUCAUACCAUUGAUUUAUAUGGCAAACCAUUGGCUUUCCUGUUUUGUUCCUGUGGGAAUAUUGCCUUUGCUUUCUGGUUGGGUAUCUUUGGUUAAAAGAGGCUUGUGGUUGGAAUUCCAGGGAAGAGAAAUGCCUGGUGUCAAUGUUUUUAAAAUGUUUUUUCUAACUCAGGUUUAAAACUGUUUCCAGUACUUCACUCCUUCAGUACUGAAUACUCUUGUGGCGACGUUUUAGUGACAGAUUGGCGUAGUAUUUGAAGCAAAUUCAUGUCAAAUCCCAGGGAAAUAAUAGAACUCCUGGAAGCAUUUGUUCCAUGUUCCAACUAGUAAAAUUAUUUUGGCUCAUUUUCAGAGUUUCAACACGAUAUUGUGACAUCCAACUCUUUGGCUGCUUUCUAGUGAGCCAUCCAAGUUUGGAACACUAAAGCUGGGUAUGACAAAUACUUCUGCAUGGAUACCUUUCUGAAGAAAUCUUGAUUUAAGAAACAAGUUUUGAACUUGCAAAAUUUGUUAACAGUUUUGUACAUUAGUAAGAGGAUUAAGGUGAUCUAAAUGACUGAGUUCACUUGCCUUAUAAUACGAAAGGGGUGAGCUUAGUGAACACUAUAGUCCCAUUGCAAUCCACUCACCUAGAGAGCUGCUUUUGGUUGUGUCAAUACUGUGCUUUCAAUCAAGGGGAUCUUCAACUUGAAUUACAAAUGGAAAGGGUUACUGUUGGACUUCUAAUUCAGAUAGGCACAAAUUGCAAUCCCAGGUGUUGGUUAUGAGUGCUGUACUUUUAACCCAGAGGCUGCAACUUUCCCUUGCCCCACUUUGAUAUUGUUUGGCUUUAUUCAAUGAGCUGGAGUCAGGCUGUUGGAUAGAGCAGAAUGCUUCACAUCCAGGGCAAAGGUCAAUCGCCAUCCUAUGAAAGCACACUUCCUGUAUGCUAAUCAUGGAGCAAGAAUUUAUGAAUGGUCAGAAGGAAGUUUAUGACCUAGUCAGGCCCUUGUCUGUCAGAGUGGGAGAAACCUAUCAUAAAAGGAAAAUGAGAGCCUCUACAUUUAAAUUAAAAAAGUGCAGCAAACAAUUGUGACCAAAAUGUUUAAAGCAAGUGAAAGUUCUGCCUGUGCAUAAUGCAAAUUCAGCUGGGUGGAUAUAAUAAUGUUACCACAGAUAGUGAAUGUUAGAUGGGUGCCAGUGGAUGUGUUGUUUAUGAAAUGCUGUAGCAAACCAUCAUAGAUUAUCCUGUUAAAACUUCCCGUUUGUUCCUUAAAGGUUUUAGAAUAGAUCUUGUAGAACUCUAGUGGAAGAAUUGCAUAUCCUGUAGGGUUUUGCUGAUUUACCUUGUUAAACAGGGUUGUCCUUAAACUUUGUAACAUAUUUGAAAAGGGUGAAAGAAAACCAUGCUCAUCCAUGUCUUCGCUCCUGUUGUUCUUGCUUGUAGCUGCCUAUUAACAAAGCAACUGCAAACUCCCUAAGUGGGACCAAGGGACUUCAUUGCUUCACUUGAGAUCCCAACAUUAUUAAGGUGCAUACCAGCAUUUCUCUGUGUGCUGAUCAUUAUUGUUUUACGUUUUCUUUUUAAAGGGGCAAUUAACAGUGUUAUGUGUGCUGUCUGCACAGUUUGUAUAUAAGCCAAAUGUUGCAGUAAGAUAAUGCUGCACCAUGAGAAUAUUUCAGCUAGCUGGCCUGUUCAUUUACCACGAACAGCUGACAUGAUUUCAUCUGAUUUCAUAUUUGGCUACCUCAGGUAUGUAUUUGACUACUAGCUGCCUUAAUUAUUCUCCCAUCUGAAAACAAAAAGGGAUGCAAAUCUGAGGAAUAAAUGGACAGAAGAUAUAAGGGCAAGAUUUGAACCGAUUGAUCUUUGUCAUUGUAGUCCAGUUAAUUUAUGCCAUGUUACUAUCAAUGUAUGAACCCCCUUUAUUAUGAUACCCAUUCUAGUAAUAUGAAAGGUCCUGGUGUUAAUAGGAUGCAAGCCGGUUGAUGCAGUCAAAACACAGAGCAUUUCUUUUUAGAGAGAGUUUAUUGACUUGUUCAGUCUCACAGCUCUCCUCCCACAUACCCAGUGUCCCAGAUGCCCCCUAUUUAUAUGCUCUUUUGAGCAAAAACAAUAAUCAGUAAAAUAAAUUAACAAUUAAGAGGGGUGACAGCCCCUGAUGGGGCACUCUAACAAAAAUAAAACUUUAAAAGGAAUCUUAACUAGUUAAAUUAAAAUGGUGUUCCCAGGGCCAACAAUGCACUCCAGUCCCCAUAGUGCCCACCGGUCAUUAAAGGCUUCAAGUAUACCAGUGGAAUCCCCUUAAUUAAGUACUUAAUUAAACAAUGUCCUUCACCUGCAUAUCCUAACAAUAUAGUUAACAAA